AAUUAGUUAACUGGUUAUAAUGUUAUUAACUCUUUGUAUUUAAUUUGACUCGACCGGUAUACAUAACUACAUUAUACAUAAAUAUUAUUGAUAAUAACAACUAUAUGAAUAAAUUUGUAAGAUAAAUAAAAGGUUAUGCCGCACUUAAAAAGAUGCACACAUUUAUUUUUAAAGUAUAAACCUAUUUCAUUACUUGGAGUUAAAAGGUCUAAAUGUAGCUUAGGAUUGUGGAACCAAGAUUUGACAACUGAAAUUAAAUUGAAGAUUGAAAAUCAUUGGACGAAAGAGGUUUUACAUAAUGAUGAUUGUGAACACAAGAAACAAUAUUAUGUUCUUCCCAUGUUUCCUUACCCUUCAGGCAAUUUACACAUGGGCCAUGUCCGAGUAUAUUCAAUUUCAGAUACAAUAGCACGAUUUCAAAAACUUAAUGGAAAAAAUGUGAUUCAUCCAAUUGGUUGGGAUGCGUUUGGCUUGCCAGCUGAAAAUGCGGCCAUUGAACAUAAUAUUUUACCACAUAUAUGGACCGAAAGUAAUAUAUCAACAAUGAAAAAACAACUGUUGCAGUUAGGAUUUAACUUUAAUUGGGACAAGGAGAUUAGCACUUGUGAUCCUCAGUAUUAUAAAUGGACACAAUAUAUAUUUUUAAAAUUAUUUGAAAAUGGCCUUGCAUACCAAAAUAAGGCCGAGGUAAACUGGGAUCCAGUAGAUAAGACAGUUUUGGCAGAUGAACAGGUAGAUGAAAAUGGCUGUUCAUGGAGAUCAGGAGCAACAGUAGAAAGAAAGAUCCUUACACAAUGGUACAUCAAAACAACAAAAUAUGCAAAAAAGUUAUAUGAUGGUUUAAAUAAUAAAAAUCUAGAAAACUGGAAAGAUAUUAUAAACUUGCAAAAGCACUGGAUUGGUGAAUGCAAUGGUGUUGUUGUAAGUUUUACUAUGAAACUGGGCAAUACAGAAAAAUCCUUUGAUGUUUGGUCUCAAGACCCAUACAAACUUAUACAUGGUCAAUUUUUAACCAUAGGUUCUAGCAAUGUAUUACUACAAGAAAUACCUCCAUCUGAAAUAAAUAACCUGAAAUGUUACAAUCCAAUAACUGGUAAAGAGAUAAAUAUUUAUGUCUCAGACACUGUAAACUAUCCUGAAGGCAGAGAUGUGUACAUUGCUUGUCCAUCCAUUGACCCAGAAGAUAACAAGCUGUCACAGUCAUUAAACAUUGCUUUUCCAAGUGAAAGUUCCUCCAUAGACAUAACUUCAGAAAAUAAUAAAGCUAUAGAAAUAGCCCAAAAAAAUUAUGGUGGCUAUAUUGUUAGUUCCAAGCUAAAGGAUUGGCUUAUAUCGAGGCAAAGAUUUUGGGGUACACCAAUACCAAUUAUUCACUGCCCUACCUGUGGUACUGUACCAGUACCAUAUGAAGAUCUUCCAGUUUUACUUCCAAUAAAGAACUUCUCUGAUACAAAAAUAUCAACUUUGUCAAGCUUAAAAUCGUGGUCAAGUUGUAAAUGUCCCAAAUGUUUAGGUUAUGCACAAAGAGAAUCAGAUACUAUGGACACAUUUGUUGACUCUUCCUGGUAUUAUUAUCGUUUUCUGGAUCAUGCAAAUGAUAAAAUGCCAUUUGAUAAGGAAAAAUUGAUUGGAAUCACUCCUGUUAAUUGUUAUAUUGGAGGCAAAGAACAUGCGGUACUACAUUUAUACUAUGCAAGGUUUAUGAGCUACUUUUUACAUUCUCUAGGAUUGACUCCAAUGCCAGAACCAUUUAAAAAAUUAUUAGUUCAAGGGUUAGUGAUGGGGAAGUCUUAUAAGAUUAAAUCUACUGGGAAAUAUUUACCCCCUGAAAAGGUUGAAAAAGUUGGUGAAGAAUAUAUUGUCAAAGACACGAAAGAGCGUGUUUCAGUACAAUGGGAAAAAAUGAGUAAAUCUAAAUAUAAUGGAGAAAAUCCUCAAAGAUUGUUAUCAACAUAUGGAUCUGACACAACUCGUCUUUUAAUGCUUGCCGAUGUUCCACCACCUACAAGUAGGAAAUGGUCCGAUGAUACUUUGCCUGGCGUUUUAAAUUUCCAGCGUAGAUUAUGGAUUACUGUUAAAGAUUUUUUAAAGCACAGAACAAAAGUUGAUGCAACGAAAAAUAAUGUUACUUGUAAAGAAUUUGAAGAACUGGAAUCAAAGUUUUGGAUUUCGAGAAACUAUUUUACUGCAACUGCAACUUAUCAUUUUAAAUAUACUCAACAACUCAGUGUUGCAAUAUCUCGUUUACAAGGCCUGACAAAUGUACUGAGGAACAACGUACCUGUCGAUGUAAUGUCAAGGAGUAAGGAAUACGAACAGGCAUUAGCAGCUCUUAUUAUAAUGCUGUCCCCUGUGACCCCUCAUUUUUGUUCUGAGCUCUGGGCUGGUUUUAUAUCAGCUCCGAAUAGAGUAUCUGAUAAUAUAUCAUCAUUUAAUUGGAAUAAAGAUGUAUUUGAGCAAAAAUGGCCAGUUGUCGAUCAAGAUUAUCCAUUAUCUUUCCAAUGUAAAGUCGAUGGAGCUGACAGGUGUGAAUUAAAAAUACCAGCCGUUGAAUUAAACGAAGUAUCUUCCGAGGAAGCCCUAGAAAUUAUGCUCAAAGAAAAAACUAUUGCAAAUAGAGUGAAAAAGGGCAUCCUCAAAACAAAAUAUGAAUUAUAUCCAAAUUGUCGUGCCAUUCUGCACAUUUAUACGAAUAGAAAUUUGCAACCUAAACAAAAAAAGGAAGAAGAUAAAUUGCUUACAUCACAGAUAUAAUAUUAUCAUUGGUUUACCAUAUCUUAUGAUUGCUCCAGAUGUUAGUUGAUACUGUUACUACUUUAUAAAAGAGAAAAUUUAAUUUAAAAUAAUCUUUCGUAUAAAAUAUUUCAAAACAUUUACAUAGAAUCGAAAGAUAUU